CAAAAAUUAUCUUAUUACUAACCCAACCUAAUCUAUCCGACCAGAAUCCAUACCCAAUCGGAUCUUUAGUGGGUCUCUCCAACCUAAUCAUCGAUUCCCUUCUACAACUUUAGCGAUGACGGCAACUGCAAAAAAAUCCAGCCACAAAAUCAACCACGUCCCCUGUCGUCCGUCAUCUUCCUCGUCUGUCUCAGACGAAAUCGAGGAAACCAUUGUCAUGUCGUCUGUCUCCAAUAAACAAGUCGGUGGUCCUCCGACUUCUCCCUACUUUCAGAUUCCGACAACUCAGAAUUUAAACCCGAGAGCUAAUCACUCAUGGUCAAUGUCAGAGCCUUCCUGUUUCCUCUCUUUCGAUUCUUUGCCUCAGUUACAUAUGGUAUUCUCUGAAUUUACGGCAUCGGAUCCCAUUAUGCCAUUUAUUUUUCUGCCAAAAAUUUGGACAAUUCUGUCGUACACUAGAUGCUAUCUCCAGAAUCUUGCAACUAUAUCAAGCGCAUGAAGUUCUUACCAUGAAUCAGAGGCUGCUAAGGCUUUAUGUUCCAAACUAUUAUGACAUAAAGCCUUGAUCCAAGACAGAAAGAAUAUGCUAUUCAUUUCCAAAUAAUCGAGUCAUGAUGCAUCGAACUGGAUAUUGGGUAAAAGGGAAUGGUGAUUGGAGCCAAAAACCAGAUGGAUGUUUUGUCACAAGUGGUGUGAAAGAUGAGGAAGUAAGCAACAUAAAAGAUGACAUUAUUCAGCGAAGCUAUUUAAGUUCUAGAUAUGCAUGAAUUAUUAAUGUGAUUUUGAGUAACCAUGUUCUAUGAUUAUUACGAAGAAGGGUUGUAGCUUUUUUGGUCUACGGGUUGUAGCUUCUUUUGUAUUUUGAAUGUGUAGAAUUUUAAUAUUUGAAUUUUAUGAGGUUUUUAC